AUGUUGUUUAUCUUUUUAGCUUCUCAACCUGCUAAUUUUUCUGAUAUUCGAUGUGAUAUUCCCGAGCUCAGAGGAGAUAACUAUAAGGUGUGGAAGGAAAGAAUUCUCCUCCAUCUAGGAUGGAUGGACAUAGAUUAUGCUAUUAGGAAAGACGAACCACCCGCAAUUACAGAUGAAAGUACUCCAGCUGCAAUCGCACUAUAUGAGCGGUGGGAGAGAUCCAACCGACUCAGUGUGAUGUUCAUUAAGACUAAGGUCACAGGUGGAAUACGUGGUUCUGUCGAUCAACAUGAGAAUGUCUGUGAUUUGCUGAAAGCCAUUGACGAUCAGUUCGUAACUUCUGAAAAGGCUUUGGCAAGCACAUUAAUUAUGAAAUUUUCCUCCUACCGACUACCAGUGUGA